AUGCGUUGUUUACGACAUAGAAUAAAUCGUUUACCCAAUACACGAAUCGUACCACAACAACAAAAUCAUCGUCCAGCCCCGAUGAAUCAACUCAAUCAUCCAAUGUAUUCAAUUCACAAUCAGUUAGAUAAACAGAGUAAAUCUUCAAUUGUGGUCGAAAGUGCAACUGGAAAUAUUCCAAACAACAAUGUUGAUAAUCAAUUCGAAUUAUCAAUGAAACAGUCCACUUGUCCAAGCGAUGAACUACACCAAUUAAAAUGUCAAUUAGCUGAAAAAGAAUCAAAAUUAACCGAUGUCCAGUUGGAAGCAUUAGCUAGUGCACAUCAGUUGAAUCAGAUGAAAGAUGAAUUAACACGUUUGUACGCUCAGCUGAAUUAUUUUCGUACAGAUAAUGAAAGAUUACAAUUGUUAGUGACACAUUUACAACAACACCAGCAGCAACAACAUUUACAAUUACAAUGUACUGCUACAACUUGUACUACUGUCACAAAUACUACUACUACUACUAAUCCUAUGGUAAUCAGUAGUAGUACACGUUGUAAUUCAUUGCCAAAGACAAUACUUUCAAUGAAUUUCACACAGAAUUCCAUUGGAUUACGUAAUAAUAAUGAUGAUGAGGAUAAAAAUGACCCCAUGUCAAUAUUAUGUAAUACAGACAGAAUACCGAAUGAAUGUAUUCCUGGUUCAAGUUUAUUCAUUGGAUUUUCAGAAAUAAAAACUGAUUUAAAAAAUUCAUUAAUCGCAACAGUUAAUCUUAUUUUAACAAACACCGAAACUAAUCAGAACCAUCAUGUUCAUUCAUCAACAAAAUCCACUUUAAAUAUUGGCACACUAUGUUUAUCAAAAUUAACUAGUUGGAAUUCAAUCACUAAUUCACUUAUAAAUCUAUAUAAUUUAUAUUCCACUUAUUUAUAUUCGAAUCAAUCGAAUGACCUUGAAACUAAUGAGUUAAAACAAUAUCACUUGUAUAUAGAUACACUCGAUUGUACAUGGAAAUUUGAAUUUAACAAAAAUCCACCACCACCACCACCAAAUCAUUCAAUUCAAUUUAAUCAACAAACUAUUGAAAAUCCUCAAAAUUUAAUUGAUCUCCUUCAAUCUCAUUCGAAACAAUCAAUUGUUCAAUUAUCCAUUGAACAUUGUACAUUGAACAAUAAUGAACAAGCGGAUUUAUUAACGGAUUCCGUGCAUCAACAACCACAAAAUCAAUGUGAUUUAUCAAAUAUAUUUAAAAAUUUAAAUAAUUUAAUUAUUAGAACUUCAUUGCAUCGUGAAAUUUUAUAUUUUUAUUUAGAAUUACUAUCCAUAUAUCAUUUUUUGAUAUUUUAUGAUACAGAAGAAUUAUAUUUGAAUACAAUUAUUGAUGCAUUUCAUGAUCAUCUAAAUUCAAGUUUAAAUUCAUCAUCAUUGAAAGUGUAUCAUUUUAAUUUAUCGAACGAUAAUAAUAAUAAUAAUAAUAAUGAUGAUCCAGCCUCCUCCAUAAAUCAAUUCAGUGAAUGUUUAUCACAAUCAAUUAAUUUAUUGAAACAACAAAAUGACAUGAUUAUUAUAUUCUACGUUCAAUCAAUGCAUCAAAUGUCUAAUGAUGAAUUUUUUAAAAUUAUGAAUUAUUUUAAAUUAAAUGAUCAUGAAAAUAAUAAUAAUAAUAAUAAUAAUGAUAAAAAUUCAACAAGAUUAAGUUCAAUUUAUCUAAUUGGUACUUGGAUAACAUCAACUAAUCUAAUCACCACAAUGAUGGAGCUGAUGAAUGAACAAACUUUAACAUCAUCAUCAUCAUCAGUAUCAUUCUCACCAGUUCCAAGACCUCUUCAAAACUUGACAACAACAACAACACCAACCGCUAUAAAAUGUAUAUCAUAUCCAAAUAAACGCGAUGUUGUAUACAAACCUGUACAAUGUACCAAUGAAUUAGUUUGUUGGAUAGAAAUAGAAUAUUCUAUUAAACGUUUACAUAUGUUAUGUAAUUUAAAAACUCAACUUAUUGAUUCCACAGUAACCGCAUUAAAAAGGCAACUAUCAUCAAAUUCUUCAACGGAUUAUGAAAAAUAUUUCAAUGAGUUUGACCAACGGCUAGAAUUUUUUGAAAAUCUUAUUAAAUGGAUUGAUCAAGUUCUCAACUACUUAAAUCAAUUCUUAAUCGAUUUAUUAAAUCAUCACUACUGUAAACCAGAAGAAACUACAAACGACACAUUGAUCAACAAUGAACAACAACACCAACUAGUACAACAUUUAAACAAUCCAUUAAAAUUUUUAAAUUUACCAUUUAAUAAUCCAACCAGCGCAGAAUUAUGGUUUAUUAAUUUAUGGAAUAAUGAAAUUGUACAGUUAAUCAAGAAGUAUUUUAUUUCACAUCCAUUUAUGAUGAAACAGAAUAAUUUGAAUUAUAAUAUUACAGAUCCAACUGAUUGGAUUUUAUCCACAUGGCCAUGGCAUCAUUCUUUAACUAAUGAGAUGAAAUGUCCUCAUGAACAAACAAAUCAAAGUUCAUCUCCAUCUUUAAUACAUCUUAAAGAAUUAUUAUUAUGAUUAUUAUAACACACACAUAAAAAAUACAAUUCAUUUUAUUCUUAAUAAGUGCUCAUACUACUUAUUA